GGUUAAGAGGAGCAAAGGAACAAUACUUGCAAAGGCAUGAUGGGAAAAUCAGCAUGGGAUCUGGCUGGAAUAUAGUUGGAGGGAGUGUGGAUACCAAUAGCAGGGAGCUGAAUCCCAGGGACAGCUGGGGGGGGGGUGCGGGGGAGGACAAUGCCCCCUGGGUCUUCAGUCUGAGUUCCAGGCGUGUUGAACUUUGUGAGACUAGCUACACCCAGUCAUCAUGCUGUUUGGUGACAUCAGUGCACAGAGAUGUUCACAAAGGCAGGUGGUAUGGGGCAGUUAGCUGACAUGCCACCCUUUACAGCUACAUUAUUGUCUAUAACUCUGUGGGAAGGAGAGCAUUUUGUAAUUCUCCAGUCAUAGCCAUGUGGCCUUGGUGAUAUGAGUACUCUAGAGUCUUUCUUUGCUCAGAAGACUGGGAAAGUCAGGUUGGAUGACAUCUUUAAGGAACAUGGAACAGCUUGGAAGGGAUUUGUGUCGCUCUCCUAGGAUAGCCUCAAACAAGUCAACCUACUCAGGAUCAAGUUACUGUCCUUCAGGGAAGAGACAGACCCUUGCCUAUUUUCUUGCAAACCCACAUUAUGGCAGCAUCAUUUAUGCAGACGGCCACGGUGAAGUGUGGACAGAUUGGAACAACAUGUCCAAGUUUUCCCAGUAUGGGUGGAGAUGCACCACUAAUGAGAAUUCCUAUUCAAAUCGUACUCUGAUGGGCAACUGGAACCAGGAAAGAUACGAUCUGAAGAAUAUUGUACAACCCAAACCCUUGCCUUCCCAGUUUGGACACUAUUUUGAAACAACAUAUGAUGCAAGCUACAACAAUCAUAUGCCACUCUCAACUCACAGAUUUAAGCGAGAACCCCAUUGGUUCCCAGGACAUCAGCCUGAGCUGGAUCCUCCUCAAUACAAAUGCACAGAAAAAUCAACUUAUAUGAGAAGCUAUUCAAAACCUCAAACUGAGUAUUGCUCUGGGUGUAGGGGGGAUCCUAACGUUCACCAGUUUCAAGCUCCAGGAUUCUAGGGAAGAAGCAACAACUUCAUUUUUAUACCAUUGAAUGGAGGAGAGAGCACAUGUUAAGCACAACUAAACAUUGAGUUCACUUCUACACAAUGUCACUCAAAAUAAGUAAAUUGCAAGACCUUAAAAAUAUACUCUGUUCUUUUUUGUUGUUUGGUAUAACCAAUAUUUAAUUGUCAGACUUAAGUUAAUUACAUGUACACUUAGUAAUUCUACAUUAGCAGUAUUAUGGAAGGACUUUAAAAAUAAUUGGUUAAGUCUAUAACCAUUCUAGUUCUUUUAUUCUAAUUAUUUUAUCAGUUGCCGUAAUGCAAAACCCAGCAUAAUUUAUGUUUUGCUAGAUGCCAUCUAGCUGCAAGAUUUGGGUCCAGAACUCAUGUUAACAUUUAAACCUCAAUGUCAAGUUAAUGGUACUAAGAAGAUGGAAACUUAAUCCACUGAUGGUUUAGAAGGUAGGCUUGGUGGGAGGUCCUUGGGAGGUGGUUCUCACCAAGUUAGUUAUAAAAGGCUGGAUUGUCCCUUCUCUGUCAACUUCCUGGCUUGCAUGUGAUCCUUCCUCCGCUCAUGCUGCAUGCUUCCUCUUGCCUUGUGAUGUACCACCUGAGGACUGUACCAGCAAGAACAUGAUCAUCAGUGCUGAACCAUUGGGCUCACCAGUAUUGAAUGUGAACCUCCAAAACCAUGAGUUUUGAAAUAAGGCUCCCUCCUUUAUAAGUAGCUUGCAGGAACAAAACAAAGCAAAAAGCUGACAUGCAGAAAAUUGGUGCCAAGUAGUGGUAUUAUCAGUAUAACUUUUGCUCAUAGUUGUCAAGACUCCUUUGGAGUUGGUUUCUCAAGAAAGAUUGGAAAAGGUUGAAGGGGUGUGCUGAGGAAAGCCUAGAAUGCUGUAAAUAGAGUGUGCUGAGUGAUUCUGGUGAGGACUGAGAAGAACAAGAGGCUGAUGCAAGUGUGGAUGGGAAAGGCCAUACUGAUAUCAGAUGGAAAUAUGGAUUCUGUUGGAAACUGGACAGAAUGCCUCACUUCUAUGCUGUGGGGAAAAAAACAAACUGAGUGCACUGUGUUGCCGUGGUCAUUUUGUGGAAAGCUGAGCUUAGAAAUGAUGAACUAGUUUGGAAGACACGAUUUUAAGGCAGCAGAGUGUUCAAACUCCACCAUGGCUGCCAUUAAUUGCUAUUAAUAGAAUCAAGAACAAAUGAAGCAGAAUGGAAGAAUUUGAGAAUUUUAUAGUCUUUCCAAAGAAAAAGAAAAGAAAGGAUUUGGAACUCAAGUAUGCAGUGGAGAAAGUUCUUAGAAUGACAUUAGUACAGGUUAAAAAGAGAACCAGGUGCUUAUUGGCAAGUCAGCCAAUGAGGAAAAGCCUGAGGGGCAUCUCAGGAAUCUUAAGGCUACCUUUCCUGGCCCAGGAUCACAGGGACACCACUAUUUAAUGACCUCUCAGGGUACUUUGAGCAAGCUUACCCAAGAGCACCAUGUUCAGGCAGUAAAGAACUACAGAGCAGUAGCCAUGUUUCAAGCAGGUGUGGAUGCAACUCAUGCCGGUAGCAGACCUUGAUGGUAUGAUGCUGGCUUUUGGGGCAUGCACAAUGCAAGCUGUGACAGAUCAUGGUAACCUCCACUAAAAUUUCAAAGGAAAGUUUAUGAAGUGGCCCACAGAAUUGGAGCCCUUGUGUGGAACUCCUCUGGGGUAAUGGCUAGUCAGUCUGUAGAAAUGAAGUCACAGUGGAGCUGCCAAAAACAGGUGUCAGCAUGUGAGCUUCAGAUGUCAGUGUGGCAGCCUCCAAGAGAAGCCAUGUGGGUAGAGAUCACCAGGUGCUCCAGCUGGACUUCCGAGAUACCUCAGAAAAUCUGGCAGCUGAGGCAGAGACCUGUCAGAGAAGGGAGCCACAGCAGAGCAUCCACUAAAGCAAAGCCAGGGAGAUAUGUGGGUUUAAAGCUACCACAGAGUUCUCACCAGGUGAUUCCCUGUGGAGUCAGGGCUAUAACCUCCGAGAACCAAAGCAUGUACUGUGACCAGCAAAGCCCCUGAGCCAGGAUUGCACCUGCCACACUUGUUCCCAGGAUGCUGGACAAGGGGUCUUAGGGUUUAAUGCUUACCCUAUUCACUUUUGGUCUUGCUUUGGUUCAGUUAGUCCAGUCUGUGUGUUAAUUGCUUUGGUAUGGAAAUGUAUACUCAGUGCCUGUCCCACCAUAUUGUGGAAAUAUAUGAGUUGGGUUUUUAUAGAUUGGAGUCAGAUGAAAUGUUAAACUUUGGACUUUAGAAUUAAAUGAUGGAGGUCCUGGCGUGGUAGCCUAGCAGCUAAAGUCCUCGCCUUGCACAUGCCAGGCUCCCA